GACUCUGUAUAUGAGUAGUGCUUGCGAGUGUGCAUUAGAGAGCGAGUGUGCAACUCAAGCUGCAGAGAGAACAGAUAAAAUAACGGGAACACUUUUCUAUGUAUUCCAGUACAAUAUGUGCAUUACCGCAAGUACUACACUGAACAACGCGACCAACUAGGAAAUAAGUCUUUACUUCCGAAGGCAGGGAUUGGCCACUGCAGUCCUUGGGGGCUUCUAUUCUGCUGGUUUUAGAGUUGCUUCCAAUUAGCAACAGAUUUGCACCUGGAACACCAGGUUUUUCCUCCGGCAAACUCACCGUCCUUUCUGAACACUCGCAUUGCAGAAGACAUAGAACAGCGGCAGUGACCUGGGUCCACCCCUUCCUGCACGACCAGCAUCUGCUCCCUCCCUCUCUUUGCCCCUCUCCCCCUGCCCCGCCCCGCCCUGCCCCGCCCUGCAGCAGCCAUGGCACUCCGCUCCCCGGCCCUGCGCCUCCUGCUCCUCCUCCUCCUGCUCCUCCCCCUGCCCCAGCCCUGCUCGCUGGAGUCCCAGCGCAUGGAGGAGGAGCUGGCCUCCGUGUCCGUCUCCCCCACGCCCUACGAGAACGGGACGGGCGGGGGCAAGCGGGCGUGCGCGGGGGGCCCCGCCGUCUGCCAGCCCGGCGUCCUGCUCCCCCUCUGGAAGCCCCGCAGCCCCGGGCUGGGGGACCAGGUGGCCCGCGCCGUGGUCUACUUCGUCUGUCUCAUGUACAUGUUCCUGGGCGUGUCCAUCAUCGCCGACCGCUUCAUGGCCUCCAUCGAGGUCAUCACCUCCCAGGAGAAGGAGGUGACUAUCACCCUGCCCAACGGGGAGACGUCGGUGGCGACCGUGCGCAUUUGGAACGAGACGGUGUCCAACCUCACCCUGAUGGCCCUGGGGUCGUCCGCCCCCGAGAUCCUGCUGUCCGUCAUCGAGGUGUGUGGGAAAAACUUUGAGUCGGGCGAGCUGGGCCCGGGCACCAUCGUGGGCAGCGCGGCCUUCAACAUGUUCGUGAUCAUCGCCAUCUGCGUGUGGGUCAUCCCCGACGGCGAGACGCGCAAGAUCAAGCACCUGCGCGUCUUCUUCAUCACCGCCUUCUGGAGCAUCUUCGCCUACAUCUGGCUCUACCUCAUCCUGGCUGUCAUCACGCCUGGCGUCGUGGAGGUUUGGGAGGCCCUGGUCACUCUGCUCUAUUUCCCCAUCUGCGUGAUCCUGGCCUGGAUCGCUGAUCGCCGGCUGCUCUUUUACAAGUACAUGUACAAGCGCUACCGGGCAGACAAGCGCCGGGGCAUCGUCGUGGAGACCGAGGGCGAGAUGACGCCCAAGGACGUGGAGAUGAUCAUGGACGGCAAGUUCCCGCCCGGGGGCGGAGCCGUCGGCGCCACGACCACCGAGAACUGCCAGGAGGGCAACGGCACGGCAACGGCCCCGGCUAACAGCACCGCCGUCAACGUGGAGAGCAACAAAGAGCUGGACGAGAGCCGCAAGGAGGUGAUCCGCAUCCUGAAGGAGCUGAAGCAGAAGUACCCCGACAAGGAGCUGGAUCAGCUGGUGGAGCUGGCCAACUACUACGCCCUGCUGCACCAGCAGAAGAGCCGGGCCUUCUACCGCAUCCAGGCCACGCGCAUGAUGAUCGGCGCCGGCAACGUGCUGAAGAAGCACGCGGCCGACCACGCCCGCCGCGCCGCCGCGCCCGAGGACGUGCCCGAGGCGGACGACCUGGCCACCUGCAGCCGCAUUGCCUUCGAGGCGGCCCACUGCCAGUGCAUGGAGAACUGCGGCACGCUCAGCCUGGGCGUGGUCUGCCAGGGCGGCGCCGGCGAGAGCACCUUCUACGUGGACUACCGCACCGAGGACGGCUCGGCCAACGCCGGCUCCGACUACGAGUACAGCGAGGGCACGCUGGUCUUCAAGCCCGGCGAGGCCAGGAAGGAGAUCAAGGUGGGCAUCAUCGACGACGACAUCUUCGAGGAGGACGAGCACUUCUUCGUGCGGCUGCUGAACCUGCGCGUGGGCGACGCGGAGGGCAUGUUCGAGAGCGAGGGCGCAGGCGUGGCCCCCAAGGGCCGGCUGGUGGAGCCGCUGGUGGCCACCGUCACCAUCCUGGACGACGACCACGCCGGGAUCUUCACCUUCGGCGAGCGGCUGCUGCGGGUGAGCGAGAGCGUGGGCACCAUGGAGGUGACGGUGGUGCGGAACUCGGGCGCCCGCGGCACCGUCAUCCUGCCCUACCGCACCGAGGCGGGCACCGCCCGCGGCAACGGCGUCGACUACGAGGACACGCACGGCGAGCUGGAGUUCACCAACGACCAGACCACGCAGACCCUAACAGUGAAAAUCAUUGAUGAUGAAGAGUACGAGAAGCACGAGAACUUCUUUAUCGUCCUGGAGGAACCCAGGUGGCUGAAGAGGGGCAUUUCAGCUCUGCUGCUCAACCAGGAGGACCCGGAGGGGCAGAUGAGUGCGGAGGAGGAGGAGGCCCGUCGUAUCGCGGAGAUGGGGAAGCCCAUACUAGGGGAGCACAGCCGACUGGAGGUGGUCAUUGAGGAGUCCUACGAGUUCAAGAGUACAGUGGACAAGCUCAUUAAGAAGACCAACCUGGCACUAGUGAUUGGUACUCACUCUUGGAGGGAGCAGUUCAUCGAGGCUGUGACUGUCAGUGCAGGCGACGGCGAUGACGAGGAAGAGGAAGGGCGCGAGGAGCGUCUGCCCUCCUGCUUCGACUACGUCAUGCACUUCCUGACGGUGUUCUGGAAGGUCCUGUUCGCCUGCGUGCCGCCCACCGAGUACUGGAACGGCUGGGCCUGCUUCGUGGUGUCCAUCUCGGUCAUCGGCUUCCUCACCGCCAUCAUCGGGGACCUGGCCUCGCACUUCGGCUGCACCGUGGGGCUCCGCGACACCGUCACCGCCGUGGUCUUCGUGGCCCUGGGCACCUCCAUUCCAGAUACCUUUGCCAGUAAGGUGGCAGCCACGCAGGACCAGUAUGCGGACGCGUCGGUGGGCAACGUGACGGGCAGCAACGCGGUCAACGUGUUCCUGGGCAUCGGGGUGGCGUGGUCGGUGGCGGCCGUGUACUGGCGGGUGAAGGGCAAGGCCUUCCGCGUGGAUCCCGGCUCGCUGGCCUUCUCCGUCACGCUCUUCACCAUCUUCGCCUUCAUCUGCAUGGGUGUGCUGCUGUUCCGGAGACGGCCCUCCAUCGGGGGCGAGCUGGGCGGCCCCCGGGUCGCGCGGGUGCUCACCUGCCUCCUCUUCCUCGGCCUCUGGUUCCUCUACAUCCUCUUCUCCAGCCUGGAGGCCUACUGCCACAUAGAGGGCUUUUAAAUGCACAGGAAGGGUGGACACACACACCACACACACACACACACACACAUAUGCAUGCAUGAACUCACAUUACAUACUUCUUUCUACAACCCUUAUGAAGUUCACUCUCCUACUCCACACCUUGAAAGCUGUAUGGACAUACAUGAACACAUCACACACAUACACACACACAUACACAUACAAAUAUGCACAUGCACGCACACACUCACCAGUGCUGAACAUUGAAAAAAUGAGUACAAGGAAAGAGAGAGUGUAGAAGGAAGAGAUUGAUAUCUGGAGUAAGGGAUGAGUAUCAGAAAUUAGAUGAGAGGAAGAAGGGAAGAGAAGUUGAGAGAACGAAUGAGACAGCAUGUAGGGAGAGAGCAGGAGAGUGAGAAUAAUGACAAUGAAGAACAGAAAAAGAGAGAGAGAGAGAGAGACGGGAUUCCGUUUAGCAUACGAACGGGGUGCAGCACCAUGGUGAACAUUUUUUGGGGAAGGGUCUGCCCCUCGACUGACCCUCCUGCUGUCCCUGGUGCCCUGUUGGACCUCAAGGCAUGAGAGACCCCGCCUUUCCCCUUCAACUCACGCGUCUGUUUGAUGAAGAGACGCAGCUGGGGACGGUAUCUCCCCGCCCUUCUCAUCGUACCGCUGUCUCACACUUAGACGCCGGGUACAGACACAGCCCCUCGGGUACAGACACAGCCCCUCAGAAGGACGUAAAGGCGAGGGCCUUUUCGUCACAUGUGCUGCUUGGAUCCCCUUGGCUUUUGGCCUAAAAACCCCCACUGUGGCAGAAGAUGAGGCAUUGGACUCAGUCAAGCCCAGUCCCAUGUUAUCAGCAACCUGAGAAACUUAAAACAGAAAAAAACAGUUCAGUCCAUCUUCUGCCCAGUGUAAAUGGGGAAUUGUGCAACGGUGGAACAGUCAAAAUAACAUGUUGAUGGAAUAUAUAUAUAUAUAUAUAUGUAUUUAUUUGAUUAUUUGGUUCUUUACAAGUGUAAAGUUAUUUCCAAAAAUGUUAGAGGGGAGGGGUCUCUUUGGGUCACCUGGAAGGGAGAUACUCCACAAGGGCCAAUAACGCUGGGUUUUAAGUGCACCUAUGAAGUGUGCGUUGAGUUUAGUAACAUGUCUGCUGUCAGACAGGAAGUAAAGAAAUCCUAAUUCGGCCUCUUAGUGUCUGGAUGGUCCGCUUGUCUUGACAGGAGGACAGCUAGCCUGGUGCCUUUAGCGACAGGGAGUUUUAUUUUGGUUUCUUUUGAAAAAAAAAUGGGCUUAGUGUUCGUCUGGUGUUCCUCAAUGUGUUGCCUGGGAGAAGGGGAAUAGUGGUUUCCCAGUUAUUUAAAACCCCAGAGUUUCACAGGAAGAGAUAGUUAGAUAUAGAGACACAGUGUCUCCUGCAUUUCUCUGAUCUUGAGCUCUUUUUCAUGGUUGUGUAACUUUGGUCAUGCUCCAUCUUUUGGAAAUGCAUGGUGGGCGCAAUGCAAAUUCAAUGCAUCCCUGUGUCUUGCUGGAAGAAGACAAACAGUAUGGCGACAGCUUGCAGGUACAGCGAACGCCACGGCCGGCGCUGCUCGGAGCUUUUGGGCUGCGGGAGGACAGGGUGUCCAAGCGCUUCAGUGUAACCUUGCAGCUCCAACCUGGCAUGGAAUUUUCUGGAAUGGUUUUCUCUCCCUGUGUUUAAGGAGAUGAGUUUUCACAAGCCCAAAACUGCAGACUGUUCAUACCGUCGGUUACACUCAGUCGCUCCAUCCACUGCCCUCCUGACCCUCCCGCUUACCCCUCCAUGUUGUAAAUUAGGGUAAUUACUUCACAUUACUCCAGGAUUCAGAAAAGUCAACAAACAUGCUAUAAAUGGCGAUUCUGUAUUUAAUUGCCAAGUUUUCCUUUGCAACUGUUCUGUAUGGUGGUAUUUUACAUUACAUAUUAAGAUAAUUAAAUUCUCAGUUGACUGACUUGGUUAAAUAAGGGUUAAAUAGAAAAUAAAACAUUUGCUUCACAGGCACCCAUUUUCUGGGUGACUUACAGUUCAGCGUAUAUUUUACAUAUCGGCUAAAAGACCUGAGAGGAAGCCUGCACCAGGUCUCUUCAGCUGAAACACACACUAAUUGUGUGUGAAGGAAAUCUAUACUCACAGCAACACGGCAAACACAUUCUCAAAUUUGUCUCCACUUCCACAGAUUUAUCUGCACAUUCUCAGAUUCGUCUCCAUGUUCUCAAAUUUGUUUCCCCACUUUGUCAGAAUACCGAUCCGUGUCUGAACAGAAGUGCACUGUCAAUAUUUUAGCACUCUUGCACAAAAGAUGUGAAGCGAGGUGAUUGGUUCGUUGGUCCACUGGUCCACGGGUGAUUGCUUGGUCCAAGGCUGAGCUGGCUGGAGGGCAGGCCACAAUUCAUGUGUUAAAGAUGCAUAAGAGCAGUGAUUGGCCUGCUAGAGAGGAAAGUAUAAGAUGGUAAUGUUGUUAAUUCAAUUUUAAUAUGUCUGUCUUUGUGAUAAUCUGUAGUUUGUAACAUUUGACUUCACAGCAGCUGAGUCCUUUUGAUAUGUCAGCUAACCUGUUGCUAUGAUGUAAUAGUGAUGCAUGACAGAGUAGUGGAGCACGGCAUGGUCAAAACACGCAUGAAUGGUGAAAUUUUCAGAUACAGUAUUCAUUUUUUUUUUUUAAUGUAGAGAAUCAUGUCAUCCUCCCAGGAGGCUCUGCUUUCAGUGUGGCACUCCUAUCUGAGUUCACAUAGCGCAAGCAGCAAAACAUAGAUGCACCCCAACCUCACCCUCCCCCACCCCCACCCACACCCACACCCACACCCACACCUCCACCCCCACCCACACCCACACCCACACCCACCCUCUCCCAGAGCCUGAAAACACUGACCCCGGAUCAGCUGACCCUGUCCUAAUUCUCACCCGGCCAUUUUGUGAAAGAAGGCUGACUGAUCCGUGGUCAGUGGUCACAUUCGCUGUUUUCCCCGCCCCAGUUGAAUGGCGUUGCAGCCGAUUGGUCACGCCCAGACCUCCGCCUACAUCAGCGCUUUUUAAACAAGGCUCGUUCAGCAGUGUUCAUUCCUGUGUGCGUCAGGACAGGUUCCCAGCCCAAAAGCAAGAGGCAGUUCAGGAGUGGGGAGCCUGGGUGGAAGUGUUCCUUCACAGCCUGCCUGGCCCUACCCUGCCCUGGGUCCUUCUACAAUGUUCUCAGCAGGGGGACGGAACUGUUAUGUGUUGGCUGCAGGCUUGGGUUCAGAUACCCUACUUUGAGGUACUGUGUCCAACCUUUAUAUUGCCUUAAAAAAA